UUGGCUAAAGUAUACUUUCCGUGUUCGUUCAUUAAUUAACGUUAACGUUAAUCAAUUAAUGUUAAUUAAUAUUCAGCGCAUAGCACGCAGAAAAACAUGAGAACAUUAGAAAAAUUUAACGCUUUUCAGGAAUUUAAAUGCUCUAACGUGGACUUACGGGGCACGAAAGAAAACAAAGAAAAGGAAAGUUCAAUAUCGGGUGAAACAUCAAA